UGGAAACACACAGGGAUGUGAAAUUUUCUAGUGCGUCGGUUGUUGUCGCAAUUUUUACAAUAAUCAUUGCUUGGAGGGAUCUUUUUAUUCUCUUUUUUCCGCACGCAUUACUUUGCAUGAAUCAACAUGGCGACGUGCAUUCCCUUUCAAACGCAGCUGUCCUCAAUAAUGGAGGUUUUGGUUAAAGCAGCAGUGACAGAGAUAUCCAAACUAGUCGAUGACAAAUGUGCGUUUUUGCAUCUUGAAAUAUCCCGAAAGCAAAGCGAGAAUGAGAUGCUGAAAAGGAAACUGCUAAUGAUGGAGAACAAAAACGCGCAGCUGCAGCGCGGCUUUGAAAACUAUAUGGACAGAGGAACAGAUGUGGGGAGUAACUGUCAGCAUCCCGCAGGAGAUCUCAAGUUUCCUGAGAUUGAAGAUGCCACUGUUUCAUUCACAAUUAAAGAAGAAAGUCCCGAUGAGACGCUGUGGAUCAGUGAUUCUGCUGGGCCCAUUGGCUCUGCUUUACAAUACUCUAAUCCGGCGAAUGCCCCGGAGAGCCAGCAGCUUGAAGACAACCGUCAGUUAAGCCAUUCAGAGGUGGCCAGGCAGAAAACCUCGGAGUUCGGCGACUUGUACAGCUCUGGUCAUCUUGCAGGAGACAUCAGUGGCCUUCAGUUUACGGUCAAGACGGAGAAGGAGGAGGACCGAUCCGGAUUCGGUCAGGGCGGAUGCCAGCACAGCGCAGGGAAGCAGACGCAGCUUGCUGCCGACUUUUCCAUGGACGAACGCGAGAAUCAGCUGUGGUCUUCUAUAAUUGAAGGUAAUGACAUCGAUGCUGGCUUUCCUGACUUUUCUAGCGUGGUAGAGGAGUAUUCCAACACAUUCCCGGACCAUUCUGACGCUCACGCGGUUUCUAACACGGCCAAGUCGGCUGGCGUCCAGCAGUUGUCCUCUCACAGGCCGUGCAACGGGAUCUACAACAGCGAGUAUCAGAAGGAUGUUCCGCAGUCGUCCAGUUUCCAACCUCAGGGUGCUCAGCCACAGCAAGACAGGGAGAAGGAGCAGGUGUACUCGCAGAGAAACCCCUCGCACGUCGCAAAUCUGAGGCAGUCUGACGAACACCCCGAGAGGGAGGCGGCAGCCGGAGACAGGCCGAUCUCCACUUUCUCCUCUCAAACCCCCCACAAAGCUCUCUCCGGCAUGGCGCGGGGCUACGUUUGCUCGCAGUGCGGCAAGACGUUCGGCCGUCUGCACCAGUUCAAGCUGCACCAGCAAAGCCACAAGAGAAAGCGGGCGUUCUGGUGCACGGUGUGCGGCAAGAACUUCCAGUGUUCGUCCCACCUCAGCAUACACCACCGGACGCACACGGGCGAGAAGCCGUACGGCUGCGGACAGUGCGGAAAGAGGUUCACGCAGCAGAGCAGCCUGAGGGUCCACCAGCGCACCCACAGCGGCGAGCGGCCCUACAGCUGCUCGCUGUGCGGGAAAACCUUCAUCCUCAUGCACCACUUGAAGCGGCACAGAAUCAUCCACACGUACAGCUGAGGUGGAGAUGCGUAGCGGGAUGUUGCUCAGGUGAAAAGACACAAACGACCCUCAAAACCAAAUGAAAAAGCCAAUGAGUGGCAGCUUUUACUGGUUGGGAUUUGUAACCUUGUGGCAUUGCUCACAGACUUUGUAUAUUAAUGCAUAUUUUACUAUGCAAACUCCAUCCAAUUCUAAGACGUUUGCUUCUUUUUUCAAAAUCUUAAUUAUUAAAACUGAAUUGCAACAGAGUUCACAGAAAUCAGUAAGAUGCCUCCAAAGCUAGAAAUCCAAAAGAAAACAAGGUCUAAAACUCCGAAAAGAUCCUGCAGAUCUCCUCUCACAGUUAGCUGCAUACUGAACUUCAGCUUCUCAUGUAGAAACAUGCCUUACUUCAUCUCAGCACUGAAACUGUAGAAGCACAAGACGCUCAUUAUACCCAUAAACUCCCUUUUACAGUCGAAAGAGGGCUUCUGAGUCAGAGCCAGCGAAGCACCUCUCAGGUUUACAUCUGCAUCUGUAAAAACCUGCCUGACUAGUGUCUCCAGUUGAAGUUUUCCAUAAAGUGUAUCCUUUGCCCUUUGUCAUGAUUUACA